GAGGCCGGCCAGCUGCACAACAUGACAGCAGCCGGUGGCAGCGCCGCGGUCAUGGGUGCAGUGGCGGCCCUGGGGCCUCGACGUGCAGCCAAGCGCAGCCGCCAAACAGUGGCGACGCGCGCAGCGCAGAAGUCUCCCGAAGGACUCUCGGAGCUCGUGGGCUUGGCAGAGCAGCUCGUUCAUCGGCCAGGGUCGCAGCAGCUCUCCCUCUUGGUGCAGCAGCUGCAGUCGUUUGCCUCCGCAGAACUGCAGCGUGGCGCCGCACUUUCGGCCCCCGCAGCCAGGGCCUUCGAAGAGGUAGUGCAAGGCGCCAAUGAGGCGCUGGUCAGCAGUGCCGACAAGCAGCUGAAAUGGGCAGCCGGCGCUGCAGCGUCGCUGCUGCUGACAUUCAGCGUUACCUUGCAGCCUGCCUUUGCAGCGGAUGUCGUCAAUUACUCCGAUUUCAUGGAGUCCGUCAACCGCGGGGAUGUCGAGAUGGUGCGCGUCCAGGACGAUCAGCUCUCCGCGCAGUACACCACCAAGGAUGGUGCUCGCAAAGAGGUGAACUUGAUCCCCAACGCGCAGAUUGAGGAUCAGUUAUUCAACACUCUCGCGCAGAAGAAGGUGGAUGUGCUUGGCAAGUCCAAGGCCAGAAUCAUCAAGGAUGGGGACACCAAGGUCAAGUUCGCAGACGUGGCUGGCUGCGAUGGCGCCAAACAAGAGUUGGUGGAGGUCGUCGAUUUCCUGAAGAACACCUCGCGCUACUCCGAGCUCGGAGCGAAGAUCCCCAAGGGUGCUCUUUUGGUGGGACCGCCGGGUACAGGAAAGACGCUGCUAGCGAAGGCAGUGGCUGGCGAAGCGGGCGUCCCUUUCUUCAGCAUCUCCGCCUCGGAGUUCGUGGAGAUCUUCGCAGGUAUCGGCGCCUCCCGCGUUCGAGACCUCUUCGACCAGGCAAAGAAGUCGGCACCCUGCAUCAUCUUCAUUGAUGAGAUUGAUGCGGUCGGCCGUCAGCGCAGCGCCGGAUUUGGCCAGGGUAACGAUGAGCGAGAGCAGACGGUGAAUCAGCUCUUGACGGAGAUGGAUGGCUUCGAGGCCAACAAGGGAGUCGUGACCCCAGGCAUGUCCGGCGCAGACCUUGCGAACUUGCUGAACGAGGGCGCCAUCGUCGCUGCGCGCCAGAACAAGGCGGAGAUCGACUCCGACGACAUCUUCAACGCAUUGGAGCGCAUUUCUAUUGGCCUGGAGAAGAAAGACGCAGUCAUGUCCGACCAGAAGAAGAAGCUCGUGGCCUAUCAUGAGGCCGGUCAUGCGAUCCUGGGUGCUCUGAUGAACGACUACGACGUCGUGGCCAAGAUCAGCAUCGUCCCUCGGGGCCCAGCCGGUGGCGUGACGAUCUUCAUGCCUUCCGAGGAUAGGCUGAACUCUGGCCUCUACUCGAAGGAGUUUCUGGAGAAUCGCAUGUGCGUGGCGCUGGGUGGGCGCUUGGCCGAAGAGAUCAUCAACGGCAAGGACAAUGUGACCACUGGUGCCUCCAACGACUUCCAGCAGUGCACGCAGGUCGCCAAGCAGAUGGUGAUGACACUUGGCAUGUCACCGGAAAUUGGCCAGCGUCUCCUGGGAGGCCAGCAGGGUGGCGGUCCCUUCAUGGGCCGUGACUUCAUGGGACAGGGGGCUCCUCCCAUGUCGCAGGCUCUGAAGCAGAAGGUGGACGGUGAGAUCAAGCGCAUCGUGGACGAGCAGUAUCAGCGUGGCAUGAAGCUCCUUCGAGACAACAUGUAUCUCCUUGAUGGGCUUGCCAAGCUUCUGUUGGAGGAGGAGAAGGUCUCCGGCGAGCAGCUGAUGAAACUGAUCAACAAAGCUGCUGCAGAAGGAAAGCUGGUCAUGGGCAACAGCAAGAUGGCCGUGGCCGCCUACACGGGCGAGGUGAUCGAGAACUCCUCGGAGGUGUCUUUGCCGCGAAAGACCCAGUGUGUGCACCCGGACAAGCCCAUGAUGUUCGCCUGUGCCGACUGCCCGCGACGCGGCUUCUGCGGUUCAACUCGUGCUGCGCCCAGGGAUGGCAAGGCUGCGCGCAGCGCCGUGGCUCGGCUGGGUCUCGCCACGCCCGAGGCGGAGAGUCGCGAGUCCACCAGCGAGGAAGUGCUGCGCCGAAUCAAGGGCAUGGCAGCUGAGGUGUCCCCUUCCGGUGCAGCUUUGCCUGAGAGCGUGGUGAAGAAUGCUGCCGUGCAGGCCUUGGCGGUUCUCGCCGCCUCGGCCGGGCCCUUGGCCGCCAAGGCGGAUGACGUUCCCGCUCUCCAGUCCAUGGGAACCCCGCAGAUGCAAAUGCAGCAGCCUGGUGGGGGCGCUCAGCGCGUCUCGGGCCGGGUAACCUACUCCCGGCUCUUGGAGUUCGUGGACGAGGGCUCCGUGAAGCGGGUGGACUUUUACGACCUCGGCCGCACGGCGGUGGCCACGGUGACUGUGGCCGGCCGGGAGCAGCAGCUGGUGUGCGACCUCCCAGGUGCUACCACAGGCCUCAUCGAGAAGCUCACGACCAAGGGCAUCUCAAUUGAGGUCCACCAGCCAGAGAAGCCGAACCCCAUCUUCAACGUCUUGGGCGAUGUCGCCUUCCCUUUGCUUCUGAUUGCCGGACUCCUGUUUCUGCGCUCCCGUGCCCCCGGCGGUGGUGGCAUUCCUGGCUUCGGCAAUCAGGGCCAGGCGAAGAUCAUGAUCACUCCCGAGACCGGCGUGAAGUUUGAAGAUGUCGCCGGAAUCGACGAGGCCAAGGAGGAGCUCAUGGAGAUCGUGGAUUUUCUGAAA